AAAAGUUAAUUAACAAUGGCUGCUGAUCAUUCUUCUUCUCGAUGGUAUCUCGCCUGCACGAAGCUUCGAUUCUAUUCUCGAAUCCGAAGGUUCCUAAGAAUAAAAGUUUCUAAGAAGCAACGGCUGCCGUCUGAUCUUUAUGAACCGUCAAGAAUUACGGAUUCAAUUGAGAAGGAUAAAAAAGAAGUGGCGGCUGCAGGGCGGCUGCAGAUGGCGGUGAAGAGUCUACACUUUGGGAGCUGGGAAGAGAAAGAGGCGGCGGCGCGUGAGAUUCAGAGGUUGGCGGCCGGAGAAUAUUUGACAGUACCUAGGCGAUUGAUGGCAGAAGAGCUUGGCGUCGUGCCGCCGUUGGUGGAUAUGGCUGGGUCCGAGGUUGUUCAACGGCGGCGCGUGGCCGUUCAGGCUUUGGCUCAGCUAGCUAAAGGAAGUUACAAGAAUAAAGUUUUAAUUUUGGAGGCGGAUAUAUUAUCGAAAGGUCCAGAAAAUGUCACAAUAUUAGAUGAGACGACAAUUUAUGAAUAUGCGGAACUUAUAUUUUCUCUAUUGUCGGUCGCUAAUUUACAGCUCUCACUCGACGCAACAAAGAUUGUCACUUUUCUAGUUGCGGUUCUCAAUUCCAAAUUAAGCGACCGAACCGAGGACAUUUGCUUAAGCAUAUUGUGCAAUCUCUCCACCAAACUAGACUAUGCUAGUAAUCUAGUUUCAUAUGGAGCAAUUGAGGUCAUAUUAGAACUUUCUAGAACUAAAAGAACCUCGGAAAAAGCCUUAGUCGCAUUAGGCAACUUAUCAGUCACACUAGUAGGAAAACAUGCCCUUGAAAGUAAUCCAACCGUUCCGGGAGUAUUCAUUGAGAUCUUGACAUGGGAAAAUGAACCAAAGUGCCAAGAAUUUGCCCUAUAUGUUUUGAUGAUUUUGGCUAACCGAAGCUCUAUCCAAAGGCGAAAAAUGACCGAGUUAGAGAUAGUUCCUCGUUUAUUGGAGGUGGCAUUGUUGGGUAGCACUUUGGCCCAAAAACGGGCAAUGAAAUUGUUGCAAUGGUUUAAGGAUGAAAGACAAGCAAGAAUUUGUCCGCAUUCUGGACCUCAAGCACGUAUGAAUGUGUUUGGAUCGCCAGUUAGUCCAAGGAUGGUUGAUGAAGGGAGAAGAUUGAUGAGAAAGAUGGUAAAAGAGAGUCUCGAUAAGAAUAUGGAGACGAUAACUAGACGAGCUUCGGGUGUUGAUCAGAAUACUAAUUCGUCGCUCAAAAUGUUAGUAUUGAGCUCGAGUUCUAAGAGCUUACCUUACUAGACAAUGUGAUAGAUAAAUGUAUUCUAAAAUAGUUUAAUUAUGGUUUUUUCUUUAAUACAUACAAUUUUCUUUUAUUUUUAUAAACAAUAGGU